CCCCAAUAUAACAUAACUCUUCUCCUGCAGGCUAUAUUAGACAUCACUUACUAUGAAGAGAAUCGGCUGGUGGAUGAAGAAUUUGCGAAUGAUGAUGCUCUGCAGAAAGUCCAAGAAUUAAUUCAGAUUAUUACAGAGCCGGAGAGUUUUGCUGAAGAGAACAAUGCUUCUAAGCAGCGUUUCCUCCUUGAUAUGGAUGUUGAGGAAUGUCUGCACUGGAGGCGAGGAGCUUUGCUGUACAUGUACUGUCAUACGGUGGGUGAGAGAGAGAGCUGGAAUCUGAGCGAUCAGAGAACUUUUCACCAGUGUCUCAAGGAUGGUGUUUACUAUCUACUAAAAAUGCUGAAGACAAGAAGUCCUAUACAACUGAACAACGAGGUUUCAUUUAAGGACAUAAAUACGGCCACAUUGUUGGCUAAAGGUAUCUUCAGCGACGUCCAUGUCCUGGCUUUGAUGUACUGUGGAGAGAUGUGUUUCUGGGCCCUCAGCUACUGUUCAGCCAUCCAACCUGGAUCUGAUUCUGAGACGCACCACAAAAUCCUGAACUUUAAAGAAGUUGGGGAGAAAGUUUUGGACACUUAUAUUAGUGUUUGUGAAGGUCCUCUAAGUGGACAAGGCUGGAAUACAGAGAAUGCCAAGAAGAUUCUAGAAUUUCUAAAAAUGAGAUGA